AUGAUAGGAGAAUUUAAUCCUAGGACAUUUAUUCGCUUUUGCCCAGGGAAAAAGGAUAAAAGUGAAAGAUUAUGGGAUUUUAUGAUUCAGCCAAACAUGAAGACAUUGCGUGUUGUUAAAAAAGAGACAUUUAGAGGUCGUACUUGUACAGUAAGUGGGGCUAUAUAUAAGGAAUCUACUUGUAACACAGAUAUAUAUAUGAAAAGUGGGAUUCAACAAUCUGUUUUAAGAACUCUAGAGGGAAUUUCUACAAAUGUAAUAGUGUGUGGACCACACAAAACUGGAAAGACUCAUUUGUUAGUUGGAACGCAAAGAAGUAUUGGGAUAGUUUUGCAGGCUGUUUAUGAUAUAUUUUCGGGUAUUAGAUGCUAUAUUAAUGGAAUUAAAAUAAACUCUGAAGUUGAGAAAGUAAAUAUUGAAGGAAGUUAUCAAAAAUUAUUUGUAGUAAAGGCUUCUGUACUAGAAAUUAGUGAAGAUACUGGAGUAAGUGUUGGGAUAGUUAGAGAUUUAAUUGAACCAGAAAAUCCACUACAGUUAACAAGAUGUACUAAUGGUAAUUUAGGGUAUACUAUAAAGGGUAAUCCUGACCACUUGUUUGAGAGUGAAGAAAAAUUGGUAGGAGCAAUUUUGGAGGCAGUUUCAAAAAAAAAAGUGAUGAAUGCAAUUAGAUAUCAACAGAAUAGUGAAAUAAAUAACCGAGAUAUUACUAUAAAGAAAGAGGCACUAGAAAAUCUCUUCAGUAAUUACGGAAAAGUAUGGGUAAAAGAUUUAAAUCUUUCUGGUCUGGUUAUAAGUUUAACAGUUGAAUCUGUAGAAAAGAGUGAACUUGAACAAAGUUUGAAAGAUAAUGAGCAGUUAACAGGUUUUUUAAAUGUUUACUGUGGAUCAAUAAGAUUCUUUGAGAUUCCUGCAUGUAGGAGUAUCACUUCAACAUUAAAUGUUCCAUUACAUGGACUAAUUGAUCUUGCCUCAGAGAUGUCAAAAUUCUUUUAUACAAAUGAAAAAAGUAAUCAUAUUGAGGUUACCAAUAUCAGUAAGUACUUGGCUUCAUGUCUACUAAAUUCUCGUUUAUUUGUGUUUGGAACAUUAUCACCUACUCCAAAGGAUCAAAAAUGUUGUAUCAGAAGAACAAUGGCACAAUAUGAUGCAAAUUCAACAGUUUCUCCACAUUCUAUCUUUGAUAUAAUUCAGUUUAUUGACAUUAUAGGGAAUGUUAUGAAAUUUCCACUAUAUCCUCAAAAAGAGACUUAUAAGAAGCCAAUAAAUGAAUCGCAGAUUGUUGAGAUUUAUAGAAGGAAGAUUAGCAAAUUUUCACCAAAACAAUCAAAUGAAAAAAUGAUUAUUGCAGCUGGAAAAGGACUAUGGAUAAGUGAAAGUAGUGGUAGAAAUACAAAAAUUAUACGUCAACUAGCUUAUAUGAAUAAAACAAUAUCAGGAUCUGGACUAUUAAGGAUACUUAUAAGUGGGAAUGAUUUCGAUAUUUUGAGAUUAUACAAUGAACACUUGAUGAGCUCAGAAUCAAUUAAAUUAUUGGAUGAAAAUAGAUCUGAAAAUAAAUGGUUUAUCAAUCAAAAUAUUGAAGACCCGACAAAUAAUGAAGGUUUAUUACUUUAUGAUUUGUCAUCAGAUUUAAGAAAUAACCAAAAUAAUACAACAAAUAUAAGCCUUUAUGAAAAUAAUAAUCGAAGUUUGAGUAAAAUGAAAACAGGUAGUAGCCUUAAAAGUAUCUAUUUUAACACAAAAAACAAUUUUGAUCCAGAUAAUUCUGUCAGUUCAGUUCCAGUCUUUACUGGCAAUAAUAAUAAGAAAGAAAAUCAACAGUGGACAAAAUUAUCUAGUACACCAGAAAAGAAUCUCAGUAAUACAUUAUCAAGUGAGAAUAAUAUGUUACAAAACAGGCAAGUUAGUAAAAAGAUCAUAGAAACUAAUAGUUUGCCUGAUGAAGCUGUUAAUAAUAGAACUGUAAACUUCGAAAAUACAAUAGAACAAGAUCAAUAUAUAAAUAGUAUACCAUUGAAAAUGACUAGCAUCAAAAGUAAUAAAUCUGAAGUUACAAAUCAAAAUACCUCUUUCGCAAGCAAUUCUCUAGAAGAUUGUGAUCAAAACAAAGAGCUGUUGGAUACUGAAGGGAAUCAGAAAAAUAAUUUAUAUAAUUUUGGUCAAUCAAAUAGAUCAUUAAAAAGCUUUAAUUCAAGUAAAGAAUUUGAUAAGUCAGAUAAGUUAAAGGAUAUACUUUCUUUAACGAAUUCAGGGUUAAUAGGAAAAAGUAAGGUGAGAAAAUCUAAAUUUUCUGAAGUUGUUCAACCAAAUCGACUUAUAUCAAACAAGUCAAUUAAUUUAGUGGAUAAAUCAGAAACUAAAAUUGAUAGAACAAGUAGCUUAAAGAAAAAGAGCCAUAGUUUUAUUCAUGACUUUAUUCCUGCAUCUGGUGGAUUUCCUCAAAUUGAUAUAUAUGCUCCUUCAUUUGAUUCAGAUAUAAAUUAUAAUGUAUUUCAAGAACCUAAAUCAAAAGUAUUAGAUAUACCAGAUUCAGAUGAUAUUAGUGAAUAUGAACCUCAUACACCUAAUUCCAAUCAUUGUGAUGUAUCAAAGUCAGGUCUUGCAAUUUGUGAACCAGAAAGCUGUCCUUGUUGUCAGUAUCUAUCUAGAACUAUGUGUAGAUGUCACUACCGUGAUGCUGCAGUUAAUUUUAAUGGUAUAUCUGAAACAGCUGUCAAUACUGAUAAAUCUUUGUUGCAAAUAUAUGAGUCAGGAGCAGGUUCUAAUGAAAAAAUCAAAUUAAAUGGUCGUAGUUGGGAUAUAAUUUUUGAUUUACCCAGAAAAAGUCUUAAAUCGUUCAAUAAGAACCUAAAAACAAGAAUUUCUGAUAAUACAACUGAUAAAUCUUAUAUAAAUAAUCACAAUAGUCCUUUUUGCAAUCCAAAUAACUUAAAAUAUUCAAGUAGCUCAGAUGUAUCUAACAGACAACAGAACAAGUUAACUAGUAAUAUGAGAUCACAUUAUAAUAGUGAAGAUAGUAAAAAAGAUUUGGAGAUAAUAGAAAAAGAUAUUUCAAAUCAAGUGGAUCAAUUUAAUCAGAUUAUUAAUCGAGAUAAGGAUCAUUUCUUAAAUAAUUCUACAGUAUACAAUACCUAUAAACAAGAAUCUAAGAACCCAUGCAAAGAUCAAAUUGAGUAUAUCGAAAAUGACACGAUAUAUAUGAAUCCUUCUGGAAAUUUUAAUCAACCAGAAAAAUUAGAAGGGACAUAUAAACAUAUACUUAAUAAUAAAAGACAGGUUACUUGGUGCUGCUUUGCUCCAAAUAUGCCCAAUAUUCAAAUACCUCCAGAGCUUCAGCCUGUAGUUUUUAGAGGUACCCAAACCUAUAAUUUUCCCUUUUUAAAGCCAUUAUAUCCCUAA